GCAGUCUGAUUGUAGUUAGAUGUAGCCUAGACUUAUCCCAGUGACACCCUGUAUUAAGGGACAGAAUAAUUUGACAAAUCCGUCACUUUCCGAUGCGAUUUCGCUCGAAAUCCGGAUGGUAAAAUAGAGAUUUUUUUGUGUAGAAAAUGACCGACAAAUCCAAGUUCAAAAAUAACGCCCCGUUCGGGUUCCGGGCGGAGCGCAUGACGGGCUGCGGGCUGCAUCCGGCGCUCUUCACGACCGGCGACAGGGGGAAGCACAUCUCCCAGCUGGGCCCGGCGACCUACAGCCCCAAAAAGCAGGAUUGCAAGCACAAAAACGGAAUAGAUUGGAACAUCAAGCUGAAAGCCGAGCUCUACUCGAUAUGGCUGGGAUGGAAAAACAUGACGGUGCUGGAGCAGAGGCGGUUCAUGAACAGCUUGGUGGGCCCCGGGACGCACGAAAUCAAUCCCGCUUUGUUCAAACAGCAGCUGGACAGCAUCUUCGAGAACACGAGUUUCACCAGCGGCAAACGAUACAGCUACAUCGUCGAUCACGGGACUCCUUCGCCAAACGCUUAUUUCUACGAUUUGAGUAAACGAUGCACGUUGAAGAAGGGCCUGUCUAACGUACCGACCAUGGAAUGGGACGGGUUCAUAGAUAGAUUCCUGCCCGGCGUCACGGCCAGGCACAGCCUAUCGCCCACUUUAUACAAAUUCCAAGAGCACGACAAGAAAAAUACGGCGGAUAUAACCAAAAAACUAGUAUCCGUACGAGGGCCGUACGAUUUGUUCACCGGGAAAAGGGACGAAACCACCAUGAAGGGUUUCUACCAUCCGAAAAUCUUCAAAAUGCCGGACACGCUGUUUUCGGCCGUUUCCAAAAUCGACAUGCUCCUCUACAGCAAAAACUACGCCAACACGGGAAAGUUCCUAAAAGAAGAGCGAUUUCCCAAAAAGCCAACAGUUCGCCACAUGCUCGAACGCUGGAGGGAUCCCGCCCUUCCCGGACCGGCCCAUUACGAUUUAAAAGACUACAAAAGGAUAGUUUCCGAGCCGCCCGAUCGGUACCCUUUCUUGUCCUGCAAAAUUACGGUCAGGCCUAGUCCAAUAGCCAAACCGACUCCAGGCCCCGGCAGGUACAACAUCAAAAUCGCCAGGUACAUGAAGCAGAAGAGGAACACGUACGUGUUUGUGACGAAGUACCCUAGGGUGUAUUAUAGGGAUUUUAAUUAUAGAUCGUUUUGAUAAUGUACUUAGUCGCAAAUUAAAUUAUUGCAAUUGGGUGAUGAGGUCUUAAAUUUACCUGUUUGUCCUGUUGCGUUGGUUC